AUGGGGUUCUUCUCCAGAAACAAGGCCAGCGCCAAAACGGAGCAACCGGCUGUAUCCAAGGCGCCUUCCGUUACUCCGGAACCUCCAGAAGAAACUCCGUUGCAAAAAAAACGCAUCAGCACCAUUCUAGAUGACGUUCAAUACGAUGACUUUGAAAAUGACGAUUAUGAAGAUGAUCUGGCUCCCGAGGACCGUGAUAGCGAUGAAAGCGAGCUCGAGGAGUAUGAGGAGCACAAGCACCGCUUCCUUGAGCGCAAUAUGGCACAAUCGGUAUCGCAAUUGUCUACUUUGAUGGGAUUAUGUGGGUUGAGCAAUACUAGCACUGUAGAAAGUUUAACAGCAUUGGCGAACGAAGAGCUGGCGCGGACAUACUCUUUGUUAUCCCUGGAUCUAAAAAUUAGACGUUUGUCGCCCACAAUGCAUCGGGGAGACCCGCUUUUGUAUAAGAGUGUCAUUGACGAUGAUCAAAUCCAUCUUAUCGAGGGGAUAACUAAAAAGUUGAAUCAUGUACUUGAUAUGCAUGAUCCCAAUCUGCAACAAAAGUAUUUGGCAGGCAAUAAGACACUUUUGGACCGGUAUGGUCGGAUCAGCAAGGUCAUUGGCCGAGGCAGCUAUGGAGUCAUAAAAGUGAUUGUCUCCGGCGAAAAUGAAACCGAAUACACAAAAAAGAAUGGAAUUUACGCUGUGAAAGAACUUCUGAAACGUCCUGCCACAGACCUGAAACACAAAGAAGCCCGAGAGACGUUCAUAGAGAGGGUCACUUCUGAAUUCAUCGUUUCGUGCACUCUAAAUAACAAACAUCUUGUUCGGACACUAGACCUCAUGAUCACCGUUCCUUCUGGCAAGGGCGGGAAAAGCAGUUGUUUUGAGGACGAGAUUAAAAUCAGUCAAGUCAUGGAAUGUACUCCUGGUGGCGACCUAUUCACAUACUGCAAAAAGAUCAUUGAAACUAAACAAUAUUUUACGAUUGACGAAUUGGAUUGCAUUAUUAAGCAGGUUGCAAAAGGACUAUGGUACAUGCACAAUCAUGGUGUUGCCCAUUGCGACUUGAAGCUCGAGAACAUUCUCAUCAUCUUCGAUCGUCACAACAAACAAAGCACACCCGACGGCUUACGAACACGUAUGAACGUAAAGAUCUCCGAUUUUGGCAAAGCAAAUGUCUUUAGGACAAAAUGGGAUACAAAAGAGCAGUUAUACACAUCAGGACCUUUGGGAAGUGAGCCGUACAUGGCGCCCGAGGAGUUUCUCGGAUCCAAAAAUGGAUUCUCGUUAAUGAAGAAAGAUUGUUGGGCAUUGGGAAUUAUCACGCUUGUGUUAUUUAACAUGAGGCGUUCUUUGUUUCAUAGAAGUGGCGGCCACAGCUGUCUGCUUCAGUUCUUGGAUAGCGAAUCUGGGGAAUUAGAUUCUAAAAGUUACAAUUCGGUAUACCUCUGGCACUCCACAGGCCACCGCGUCAUGCGCCUGAGGAAAUACAAGGAUCCGGUCUUCGAAGAGUACACCAAGCAUUGCAUGAAGGCCGACUAUGAGGCCAGCUCCCGCGAGUGGACUGUUCAUACCAAAGGGACUUUCGCGCCAAUAGAAACUAUAUUUGAUUUGAACGAUUCACAAAUCGAUCCCAAAUUCAUGGACUUGUACGAACAGGACGCUGAUUUUGAGGAAGGAGAACAUGCCAUCAGGAAGUUUUUUGUAUAUAAAUUGCUUGAUGUCAACCCCUCUACUAGAGUAACGGUCGAUGACCUCUUGAAAGGCGAUUGGCUUGGUACUGUUGAGAGUUGCGGGAGCUGA